AUGUCGUCUUCUGCCAUCUUACAGCCCAAUGGCAACGUAUUGCCCCGAGCACGCGCCGUGAAAAAGCCAGAGGAGGGAACCAUCACGCCCCCUCUGGAUAGAUUGAUGUCGAUUGAAUCAAGUGGCCGUUCUACUCCCAUCGCCGAAGAUGCCCCUCCCUCUGCACACUCGAUAGCUACGGCCAGAAAACAGGCUCGAGUUCGGACUCGAUUAUUCUACACCAUCAAUUACACCCCUCGCGUGUCGCAUUUUGAUCCCAAGAGCGACCAUCACAACUUCCGUGGCUUCUUCACACUCUUCUGGAUUGCGCUCUUCAUCAUGGUCGUCACAACGGCGCUUCGGAACAUCAAGGAUACGGGCCUUCCGCUGAGGGUCCGAGUCUGGGGCCUUUUGACAGCGAACGUGUGGCAGUUGGGUCUCAGCGAUCUUGCGAUGGUCGUGAGUACUGGCCUGGUUGUGCCGUUCCAUAAGCUCUUCCGGACCAACGGGUGGCUGCGCUGGGGACGAGGUGGCAUGAUCGUGCAAAGUCUCUUCGAAGCCGCUUGGUUGGUCUUGUGGGUCAACUGGCCGUUCAUGAUGCGCUGGACCUGGACAGCCCAGGUGUUUAUGACUCUCCAUAGUUUGGUUUUCCUGAUGAAGAUGCACUCCUACGCCUUCUACAAUGGACACCUGAGCGAAACCGAGCGUCGGCUGGCCGCGCUGGACAAGCCCGGGUCGGUAUCUCUGGAUGCGGCUGUUCGGUAUCCCGACCCAGAGCCUCGCCAGCACCCAACCCACCAGCAUGGCGGCCGUACACGGUCCAAAUCAGUCUCUGAGCUGCGCGAGGAUCUAGCCAGUGAGCUGACAUCUCCCCUGGGGCACGUCACGUAUCCACAGAACCUCACCCUUGGCAACUACGUCGACUACAUCUUCUGUCCCACCCUCUGCUACGAACUCGAGUACCCUCGAAACAAAACCCGACGGUGGACGGAAUUGGCCGCCAAAACCCUCGCGGUUUUUGGCUGUAUCUUCCUUCUCACCCUAACGAGCGAGGAAUUCAUCCUUCCAGUCUUGAGCGAGGCCAGCGUGCAGCUCCACAAUGUCCAGGGCGCAACCGAGAAAUCGCUGAUCCUCGCCGAGACGAUCAGCAUGCUUUUGUUCCCCUUCAUGAUCACCUUUCUGCUCGUCUUCCUGGUCAUUUUCGAGUACGUGCUGGGCGCCUUCGCCGAGAUCACCUGUUUCGCCGAUCGCCAGUUCUACUCGGACUGGUGGAACUCGUGCGACUGGCUCGAAUUCUCUCGCGAAUGGAAUGUCCCCGUCCAUCACUUCCUCCGCCGCCACGUCUACUUCCCCUCGCUUUCGAACUUCUCCCAGCCCGCCGCCAUGUUCAUCACCUUCCUCGUCAGCUCCAUCUUCCAUGAGCUCGUCAUGAGCUGCAUCACCAAGAAACUGCGCGGCUACGGCUUCCUCGCCAUGAUGCUGCAGAUGCCCAUUGUCGCCGUCCAGCAGUCCCGCUUCUUCCGCGGCAAGAAGACCCUGAACAACGUGUUUUUCUGGCUUUCGAUGAUCUUCGGUUUGUCCAUGGUAUGUCUCCUCCUGCCUCCUAUUUCUUAG